CACCCCCUGAAUCCUGAUCAUAUAACGUCGGAUAACUCCGUGACGAUAACCCUAACCGAUCCCACCCUGCUCCCUCUCCCCCUGCUAUAAAAGGACCGUAAGCACACUAUACAAAGUGAUAUAUCUUCUCCGUCGCUUGCUCUCAUCUCAUCAUCUUUCUCGAUCUCCGCGGAUGGCUGCGAACUCCAUCCUCGCCAACGGCGGCAAGGGGCCGUCGCCCGGCCGCCUCGCGGCGGUGUACAGCGAGGUGCAGACUAGCCGCCUCAACCACUCCCUCCCCCUCCCCUCCGUCGUUAGGGGACCCUUCAAGAUCGUGGACGGCCCUCUGAGCUCCGCCGCCGGGAACCCCGAUGAGAUCAAGAAGCUGUUUCCUAAUCUUUUCGGCCAGCCCUCCGCCACGCUAGUUCCGACGGGUUCCGCUCCUUCGGAGAUGGCUAGGAGUCUUAAGGUCGGAGUGGUGCUCUCUGGAGGCCAGGCUCCCGGUGGGCACAAUGUCAUCUCUGGGAUCUUUGAUUACUUGCAGGAUCGAGCCAAGGGGAGCACGCUGUACGGAUUCAAGGGAGGUCCAGCAGGGAUCAUGAAAUGCAAAUACAUGGAGCUCACUUCAGAGUACAUCUAUCCUUAUAGAAAUCAGGGUGGAUUUGAUAUGAUCUGCAGUGGAAGGGACAAAAUUGAAACUCCAGAACAGUUUAAGCAAGCUGAAGAGACAGCCUUGAAACUUGAUUUGGAUGGACUUGUUGUGAUUGCUGAUACUUCUACUCGUAGAGAUGAUGAUGCCGUCGACCCUUGAGACCUCGUAGACUGUUUAUUUAGGAAUUUGCUAUGUAUGUUUUUAAUAUUUUUAAAGUACAAUGUAAUCAA